UUGAUUGUGUUAAAUUUUUAUAGCACAAUUUUUAUGUAUUUAAAUUAUGUCCGAUUUGAAUAGCAGAAUCCCAGACGUUACAAGUUGUUGUAUAUGCAUACCAGAUUUAAGAAGUGCAGUGAUUAUUAUUGCAGUUUUGGGGAUUGUAACAUGUCCGGCGGUAACUUGGGCCCUCGUGCGACACACUUACCUUAUCCGUAUGUCCUGUAUUAUGACCACCUGUUCUCAGAAACCUGACGUCGUCGAUAUCAACUUUCAUUAUGUUCUCAGCUUUGGUUUAAGUGCAAAUGCUGGUCUAGAAAGAUCAUUCUUUAACAUGAAUACAACUUCUUUACGAAAUUUGAAAUAUAAUGCACUUAGUGUGAAUUCGACAAAUAUUUACGAUCUCGGUGUUGUUCAAACAUUGAAAUACUUUGGUUUUCUUGUAUUUUUGAUUGAUGUAGUCUUUUUGGUUACAUGCAUUAUUUUCCUUAUUAGGAUUUUCCGGCGAAUGAAUAAGAAAACAGUAAAAUGGUUUUUAUAUACUGCAAUUGCGACAACGUUACUAGCAUUUAUCUAUGGAAUGUUUUACAUAUUCGUAUGCGUUUCCAUUGGGACUGGCUUCCCAAUUUUGGAGUUUAUUUUCACAUUGAUCGAUUUAGUGGUGUGGUCCUAUUUUAUCGUAGUUAUAAAGUCAUUUAGGAAAGCACAAGGAAACUGAAAUUCAAGUAUUUUUUUAAGAA